AGAUUUCUUGCUCAAGGAAAGUGGGUGUUGUCGUGAGAUCAGAUUUCUUGGGAAAUACCACAAAGAUAUUUGAGAAUGGCGACAGAAGCUUUCACGGUCUCGCGCGACAAACUGACGGGACCCAAAGGUGUCACGGCGUUAGUCACGGGCGGCUCAUCAGGCAUUGGCUUACAAACAGUUAUUAUCCUUCACGAACUCGGCAACAAUGUCAUCGUCGUUGACAGAGCCCGGCCUCAUCCAGCUGCUCCGAAGGAGUUGAUCUCGUCCCCUCGCUUUCUGUAUCAACAAUGCGACAUCACGUCAUGGAAACAGCAGAGGGCCGCCUUUGAAGCUGGAUUCAAGAAGUUCGGAUCCAUUGACUGUGUCUUCGUCAACGCUGGCAUUGCAGAAUACAAAGACCAAUUCUUCAAGGACGAACUGGACGCAGAUGGGUUGCUCAAAGAGCCUGAUAGGAGGGUCAUCGACAUUGACAUGCACGCCGCCAAUGACACUGCGAAGCUCGCCAUUCACUACAUGAGGAAGAAGGGCCCAAACCAGAAGAGAGGAGGGAGUAUUGUCAUGACGGCGAGUCUAGCGGGUUAUUUGGCAAGUGCUGGGGCACCGCUGUACAGCGCCGCGAAACAUGGUAUUGUGGGCCUGAUGAGGGCGCUGAAGAACGACACAGCAACACUCGGGAUCGCAGUCUCUGUUGUCGCGCCGGGCAUCACUUUGACCGACAUCAUCUCGGGCCGCAAACCCGAGGAAUCUCUGGCCAACUGGGCUCAGAGAAUGAGAAGGGUCGGCGUUCCCAUCAACGACCCACAAGAGGUGGCAUGCUGCGUGGUGUACUUGAUGAGCUUGGGAAUGGAAGCGAAUGGCAAAGGGAUGCUCGUUCAAGGUGGUCGGGUGGCGGACUUGGAGAAGGGGAUAGCGACGUCGAGGAAGAGCUGGAUGGGUGAGGAAAUGUUGAACUUGUUCCGAGGGGGACGGACUGCGCCAUUGUUUCCCAAUAAGCUGUAAGUGGUGCGAAGUUCCGCGUGGAUUGAGGGCAUGUCUAUAGAUGUUGGAUAUGGAGGAUGGCAUCUACCAAGAAUAGAACACUCCCAGAGAGCCGAGUACUCGGUCGAUACCUACUCGUACAUACGUGAGG